AUGCUCAGAAUCGCACUGCUGUUCCACAUCUCGAUUGCGUGCCUCGCGAGUGAUGAGUGCCAGUUCAGCGACGGCGUGGGGCUGCUGUCCAGGGGCUUCUGUCACUACCUGGGCAUCCCCUACGCACAGCCCCCGAUUGGGGUGAGGAAGCACCGAGCGCCUGAGGCCAAGGACUUGCAGCAGGACAACGGCAAGGAGUGGAAUUUCACACAGAGACCGCCCAAUUGCCUUCAGUAUGACUUCCAGGAGCAGACAAUGGCAGGAUCCGAGGACUGUCUCUAUCUCAAUGUGUUCACCAAGCCUGGGAAUAAGCGCCUCGAUCCGGUUCUCGUGUGGAUCCACGGUGGCACUUUCAAUUUUGGGUCCGGUUUCAGCGAUUUGGCGGAAUUUCCUGACCUCUUCGUGGCGCAAAAUAUCACCGUUGUCACGUUCAACUAUCGCCUCGGCGCGCUGGGAUUUCUCUACCGCGAGGGCGGGAACGUCAGCCGAAAUGCAGGACUGAAGGAUCAGCAGGAAGUCCUGCGGUGGGUGCAGAGGAACAUCGCCAGCUUCGGCGGUGAUCCGUCAAAAGUCACGCUGAUGGGCUGGAGUGCAGGCAGUGCCGCCGUGUCUUACCACCUGUUCGAUCCGGCCGCAGAGGGACUCUUCAGUGCCGCCAUCAUGAUGAGCGGUUCCUUUCUCAAUCCCUGGGCACACUCGCCCUCCCCCGAACUCUGCCUCUCAAUCACGUGCCGCAACAUGGAGAUUCCCUGCGCAGACACCCUACCGGACAUCGUGAUCAACGAUGGCCUCGCCUACUUCACCCUCUUCGGCAUGUUCUAUCCUUGCUUCGUGCCAUCGGGAAAACUCCCCCAACUCGUGAUCAAGACCAAGCCAGCCAUCGAUGUGCCGCUCCUGAUCGGCUUCACGGCACGCGAGACGGAGGCGCACGUGAAGUACCAUCACGAAAACACCCCAUCCAAUUACAUCCUGCCGCAUCCCGACCAUCUGGCCGUCAUUGAGGAGUUCGUGACGCAAAAACUGCCGGAAUCCAACUUCACGGAAUUCCUCAUUGCCUCGGAUCUCAUUCAUGGCGUGGUGAAAUUUGCCGAGGAGUACGCCAAGAGGACGAAAUCGAAGACAUUCCUGUACAAGUUCUCACUCAGUCACGGACGCCAUGGAGAUGAUCUGCCAUUCAUCUUCCGCACAGACAACACGACACAAUUGCUGCAACUCUGGGCGAACUUUAUCACAUUCAGGGAUCCGACGCCCUUUCCUGAACCACAUCUCAAUGCGACUUGGAAGCCCUUCGGCAGUCGCAAUGGAAGAUCGCUGAUGAACAUUGGGCGCCAAUUGACUAUGGAGCACUUCAAAGAGAGCACGUCAUUCAUCUUGUGGGACGGAAUAUACGAGUGUCUCUACUAUGGCAAUUGUACUAAUGUGCCCAAUUGAGAGAACCUAGUUUUGCAAAUGCGAUUUGUGCGCAUUACAAUUUUCUAUAUAUUCACAAUGCCUAACAAAAACAGCUCAAGAAGUCACGAAAUGUCCGGCAUUCCAUUGUUGAAUAAAUCAAAUAAAUCAAGAAGUUAUAA